UUCGGAUAUGGAUUUGGAUUACUGCUUGCCAUGCUGCUGCUGCAGUUGCUGCAAACAGCAGCCGCUAUGAAAGUUUCGCUGUUCGGCGAUGGCUAUGUAUCGAUGCCGCUGCAGGAGGCCAAGAUGUCAACGAACAUACGCGUCAAGUUUCGCACCGGCCAGGAGGAUGCGCUGCUCUUUCUGGCCGCUGGACGCACCGAUUACUGCCUGCUGCGUCUGGAGCAUGGCCUCAUCAGUUUUAGCUAUAAAAUCGAACGGGAUGUGGUGCAGCUGCAAUCGCCCCAAAGCCAAAAGCUUAACGACCUGGAGUGGCACGAUGUGGCCGUGCAGCGUUUCGAGAACAACGUUACCUUACAGGUGGAUGGACACAUUAUGCGCCAGCAGCUGCCAGGCGAGCUCGGCGCACUCAAUGUGCACUUUGGCACAUUUCUUGGCGGCGUCGGUGAUUUUACGGCCGAGUUUCUGAACGAUGUCAUUGGCUUUCGUGGCUGCAUAUCCGAUGUCUUUUACAACAACAUUAACAUCAUUAAGCGUGCCAAAGAUCGCACGGGUCAUACGACCAGUAUGGGCGUAGCCUGGAGCUGCAGCAAUGAGUUCGACGGCACCAUUCAGGAUAGCAUAAGCUUUCUAAGUCGAUGAGUCAUGCGUGACAAUCUGUCAUUUCAAUUUCGCACCAUGACCGAGUCCGGCACAAUUUUCUUCAACGGCGGUUAUGACUUUGUGCUGCUUGAGAUUGAGGACCAAAAGCUAAAGCUGACCUUUAACAAAGCGGGCAGUCUGGUGCAGUUCACUACCAAUGAGCUCAUAGCUGAUGGUAAAUGGCAUAGCGUUGUCUUGCGCUAUAAUGCGGCCAUGGCGGAGCUGAUGCUGGAUGAGGCUGCGCACACUUAUAGCGGACAUCAUGCAAAUGAGAGCAAGACGAGCAUAAAUCUAGAGAAGAGCGUGUUCUUUGGCGGCGUGCAGGAGGAGACGCGUCGGCGUCUCAUCAACAAGGGACUGCGCAUAAAUGAGUUGAGCUUUAAGGGCUGCAUGCGAGAGCUGAAAGUGAAUAAUUUGGCUUUAGGUUUUGCCGAAAUGAGCAUCUCCAGACACUUGGCGUUGGGCUGUCUGUGGAAGUAUCCUUGUGUCGAGCAUAAUCCUUGCUUGAAGAGCGGCAUUUGCAGUCAGCAUGGUGUGGAUGACUUUAUAUGCUACUGUGAUCAGAGCUAUUGCAUCAAAGCGGACUUUCAGGGACCCUUUAAGAUCUUCACGGAAACUAGUCCAGAGCUGGAGCUGCUUUAUAUCUCACCCAUGCAGUUGCUUGAAGGCGGUUCCACUUUUCUAACGCCACGUAUUAUAGAAGUGCUGCUCGAAACUAGACGCUAUCCCAGCCUCAAUGAGCAGUCGAUUGCUUUUCAUGUGGUGCAGCAGCCUAAGUUUGGACAGCUCCUGCAGUAUGUGCAGGAAAAGUCGAGUUUUGUGCCCUGCCGCAGCUUCAAUCUGGCAGACUUGAACACAGAUAAACUGAAAUAUGUGCAUAAUGGCCAGGAGAACUUCAACGAUCACGCCACUUUGGAUAUGCAAAUAUAUGGCGAUGCGCAUAAGAUACCAGAGAAUAUUUUGGGCAAGCAUCGUUUUCUGCUGCAUGCCAAUAUAACACCCACAAAUGAUCCACCACAGCUGCAGCUGCAUGCGCAUAAGAUUCUGCGCAUCUUGGAGGGCAUUGAGCGCGUCUUGGAUGUAGAUCUCUUUAAUAUUGUUGAUCCGGAUAGCGAGCCCAAGGAUUUAAUCUAUACCAUAAAAGCUUCGGACAACUCUCAGGAGGCCUUUGGUCGCUUUUUGGUGGCCGGCGUGCCCAGCAUGAGCUUCUCACAGCAGGAUGUAGAUGUGGGCAAGGUUUCCUAUCUCUACAACUCCACCACCGUAGAAGCCUUCAGCUAUCAACUUCAGCUGCAAGUGUCAGAUGGCAUAGAAACUAGCGAUACUAUUUAUCUGCCCGUCUCGGUGCAUCCACUGGAGCUGCGCGUAGUUAACAACACAGGGCUGGUCAUGAUACAUAAGAGUUCGUUGCUGCUUUCGCCUGCCAACUUGUCCAUUGGCACCAAUGCUGCCGAUGAGCACAUCGAUAUACGUUAUGAUGUGGUCAAACCGCCUCAGCAUGGUGCACUGCAGCACUGGCGGCAAUUUGAUGGCUCUUGGAUCAAUGUGGAGUGGUUCACUGACAGUCAAAUGCAGCUGGGACAUGUGCGGUAUCUGCAUAACAGCGAUUUUCCCUGGCAUGAUGAAUUCAAGUUUAUUGCAUCAUUUGGAUUUGUGACCACGCAGACCUUUGAUUUCCGGAUUACGUUUACACGUUUGCGCAUUGAACGGAGCUCUCCAGAGGUUAUUGCCAUCAAUGGCACGCGCGAGCUGUUGCUGACCAAUCAGUUGCUCAACUUUGAGACUGUGCCCGUCGGCAGCUUUGGGCGCAAUGUCAUCUAUAAGAUCAUCAAGCCCACUAUGUAUGGCGGUAUUUAUGUGGAGGGCUCACGCAAGCCGGCCAAACAGCUGGACUCGUUUACGCAGCAGGACAUUGAUAAGCGACGCAUACGCUAUCGCACCCAUCACAGUUGCUACUCCAGCUUUAAUGACAAACUGGAGUUUGUGGUGUCGGUGGCUGAGUGCGAUGAUGUGCCCGGGAAGCUGCAGCUACUGUUUAAUCCGCUGGAGACGCUGACGAAGACACUAAGCUAUCAAAAGUUUGAGACAUUACAAGUGCAGGAAGGCGAACGCGCUUUGAUAACAAAGAAUCACUUCGAGAUACGCUUCAAUAUCUAUGAGAGCCUGCAGUUUCAGGUAUCCUUGCCACCUGCUCAUGGCGUGGUCUGCAAAUAUGAUGAGUUAAGUGGGCUAACAACGCCCAUUGAGCUGUUUACGCUGGAGCAGCUAUUUCGCAGUGAUGUCUACUAUUGUCAUGAUGACACAGAGUCCACGCUGGAUAACUUUGAACUGUUGAUACUCUCGGGUGAGCAGACGGAUCUGCAGUUCGUGGCCAACAUGCAGGUGCACAUAAAGUUGGUCAACGACAAUGAACCCUAUCGCAUUGCUGUGGACCGUGUAUUUCAUGUGGUGCGCAAUGGGUUGCGCACUUUGAACUCCAACAUUUUGCAAUAUCUCGAUGCGGAUGUCAAUACCAAUCAUACAGACAUACACUUCAUACAUGUGUCCAGCACCAAUGGCGCUUUCUACAAGUCCGGACAAUUUGUGGACAACUUUAGCCAGGCUGACAUUGCCAAUCGCAAGAUAAUGUUCCAGCACAGCGGUCCAGAUGUGGGCACUGCCUCAUUUAUAGUUACAGAUCGCCAGCACGAGGUCAAUGGUCAGCUUGAAGUACGCGCUUCAGAUCCGUUCGUCUCCAUGCUGCCUGCGAAUGCUUCAAUUGUGCAGGAAGGCAAAUUUGUCGUACUCAAGAAUAAGGAUUUCGUUUUGGAAACCAAUUUGGAUAUGAAGCUCGAUGGCAUUUACUAUGAGGUUAUAAAGCCGCCUUCCUACGGCAUACUCAUGUAUCUAAGCGGUCAGCGGGCUGAGAAUGGCAGCCUGCUGCAUAAAGCCACCAAUUUCACUUCGCUGGGCAACUUUACGCAUAUGGACAUAGAACGCGAACGCUUGGUCUACUGGAAUACGGAAAUAGCGUCAAUGGAUAAAUUGAGAUAUCGCGUGCACAUAAAAAACAUCACAGCAGAGGGCGAAGUCAUCUUUCGCAUAUAUCCUUCAGCAUACUGGGAGCCGUUACAAGUUAAACAGAACAAAACGCUUAACGUGGAGGAAUCCACAAGCGUCUUAAUCUCCAGAGACGUAUUAGAGGUUGUGCAUCCCAACAUCUCACCGGGUGAUAUUACCUUUCUGGUAACCUCAUCACCUAUGCAUGGCUAUCUAGAAAUGCAGUCCAUGUCCUUUGACGACGAAUACAAUUGCAAGGUCUUCGAUCAGUCCUCUGUCAACAAUGAGAAAAUGUUUUAUAUACAAGCGGGCGUUAAUCAAUCAACUGAUUACUUUGUAUUUGAUGUUACCAAUGGCAUUACCUGGCUGCGACAGCUUGUACUCAAGAUAGUUAUUAUUCCGGAAAAGCUCUACAUGCAUACAAACAUUAUCUCUGUGGUGGAGGGCAAGACGGUGCAGCUAAGCGCCACCGAUAUACAACCCUACUCCGAAUACUAUCGUGGCAAAAUAGUGGAGUAUAUAGUGACCAUAACGGGCAGCUCCGGGCAUAUACUAGCAGGCAAUUCAAAGGUUAAGCGCUUUACGCAGAAGCAGCUGGAGUUGGGCACUAUACAGUAUGUGCAUAACGGCAGCGAGAACAGCACGGAUAGUCUGACUAUGGUGGCCAUGGCGAGGAAUAAGGAGAGUGAGCCAUUUGAGCUGGAAUUUGUUGUAGAACAGGUAAACGAUGAGCAGCCAAUGAUGGUUACCAACACGGGUCUGCAGGUGUGGAAUGGUGGACGUUAUAUUAUCAAAAAUACAGAUCUAUUUGCACAAGAUUACGAUACACCGCCAGAGAACCUUACCUAUGUAAUACAACAUAUUUAUGGCGGCUACCUGGCCGAGUCUGCUACUCCGCUGCAGAAGAUUGAGCAGUUUACCCAAGCGCAGGUUAACGCUGAACAAAUCUACUUUAUGCACGACACCAACUCGCGACGCAACGAGCUCAGCUUUAUAGUCACCGAUGGACUCUUCAAUACCAGCACUCAGUUGCUGCACAUAGAAAUAAAGCCCAUAGAGAUAUUAAUGAUGCACAAUGAAAAUCUGCACGUGUUUCCGCUCACCAAGAAGCAAAUCCUACGCGAUCAUUUGCACUUCAAAUGCUCGGAUGAGAACCGUGAGAUACGCUAUAACGUUACAGUGCCACCUACAUUAGGACGUCUGAUCAAUGAGUACCUGGGCAACGGUUAUGCCAAGGAGAUAAGUGAAUUUACGCAAAACGAUUUGGACAAUGGUCACAUCUUCUAUGAACACACAGCUGUUAUUAUGGAGUUUCGCAUUAAUGAUUCUUUUUACUUUGAUGUUGUCGCCGAGCGCAGCGAUCGGCUGUUAGAUCAAAAAUUUAAUAUAGAAAUCUCCGUAUCCUCUGGCGGCUUGUUAAGAUUUCUGCCUGUUUCCAAAUUAACUGUGGACGAAGGUGGCUCAGUGCCUAUAAAUCUAGAUUUUUCGAAGAUCUUGGAGUACUUGAAGACGCGUGCAGGCAUUAAUAAUCCAGAACUGUUUAUUGAAACUGCUCAGAAGCCCUCACAUGGCAGCAUAGGCCUAGGUCAUGAGUUUAAGGCCGUGCAGCGUUAUCAUCCCAGCGAUUUCUUUACCAAAAAGGUUUACUAUAUACAUGAUCACACGGACACGCUGGAGGAUACCAUACUGAUGGGUGUAUAUCUUACUCAAGGGUAA